AUGCGAUACGUAGCUUUGAUAUGCUACCUCUGUAGCAUUGGCUCCAGUCUAAGUCUUGAUAGCAAGCAUUGUGAUGCUUUUGUCGAAUUCUUACCGGUUCAGUACAUCUGUUCCGGAAGUACUUUGCAUAGUGUGAGCACUCGGACGUACACCGGUUGCGCUGAUCUGCCUCCCGCCGACUACCUCACAACGACUAUCGCCUGGACCGGGACGGUUACGAGAACCAGAACAAUCCCACCUCGCGGAACGAACCCGGGCAGGAUUAUUAUUCAAACACCAACUGGGUAUCAAACAACGACGGAAGGAUGGACAGGAACAUUUACAACAACGCGGACCAUUCUUCCCAGUGGAACGAACCCGGGUGGUGUCGUUGUUCAAACACCCAUUACUUACAGCACCAGGACGGAGGGAUGGACCGGAACGUUUACGACAACCAAGACGGUCCUUCCUAGUGGAACGAACCCGGGUGGUGUCGUCGUCCAGACACCCAUUACCUACAGCACCAGGACGGAGGGGUGGACCGGAACGUAUACCACAACCAGGACCAUCCUUCCUAGCGGAACGAACCCGGGUGGUGUCGUUGUUCAGACACCCAUUACUUACAGCACCAGGACGGAGGGAUGGACCGGAACGUUUACGACAACCAAGACGGUCCUUCCUAGUGGAACGAACCCGGGUGGUGUCGUCGUUCAGACACCCAUUACCUACAGCACCAGGACGGAGGGAUGGACUGGAACGUAUACCACAACCAGGACCGUCCCUCCAAGUGGAACGAGUCCGGGAGGGAUAAUAAUUCAGACUCCUACCGGGUACGUCGUAACAACAGAGGGGUGGACCGGUACGUUUACGACAACAACAACAUUUUCCCCCACUGGAACGAAAUCAGGCGUCAUCAUUAUUCGAACACCUACGGAGUAUCCAAAGACAACAGUAGGAUGGACGGGGUCGUUUACAACAACAAAGACUGUUCCUCCUACUGGAACAAAUGGGGGAAGUGUCAUUGUUCAGACUCCCCUCGGAUAUACAACGACAACAGAGGAAUGGACCGGCACUUUAACGACAACAAAGACGGUUCCUCCUAGCGGGACGAACCCGGGAAGCAUAAUUGUUCAGACACCUAUCGAGUCUGCGCCCUCCGGUUAUACGAGAACUACGGAGGGGUGGACCGGUACGUUUACGACGACAGAAACUAUUUCUCCUACCAGAACAAAAUCAGGCAUUAUUAUUAUUCGGACACCUACGGAAUAUCCCAAGACAACAGAGGGAUGGACCGGAUUGUUUACAACGACAAAGACUGUUCCUCCUACCGGAACAACCCCUGGAAAAGUAAUCAUUCAAACCCCUAUCGAGUAUAGCAGCAGGACAGAGGGUUGGACCGAGUUAUUUACUACAACGAGGACAAAUGAACCAAGCGGCACAGUUCCUGGUGUAAUUGUCGUUCAGACACCAAUCGGCUUUACAACAACAACCGUAGCGUGGACUGGAUCGUUUACUACGACAUCAACCGUUCCGAUAAUCGGGACAAGUCCUGGUAGCAUCAUUGUUAAAACACCAGUUACCACCGCAUUAGGUAUCGUAACAUUGACAAGAGCGUGGACUGGAACCUUUAUAACUACUGAAAGCAUUCCACAAGCUGGAACGGUUCCCGGUACUGUUAUCGUUCAGACACCGACCGGUUACGUAACAACCAGCGAGCCCUGGACUGGUACUUUUUGGACAACUACAACCAUACCGCCAAGCGGAACUGUACCAGGCACCAUUAUUGUCCAAACACCGACAGGGUAUGUAAUAACAACGGGUGGUGGGACUGGUACAGUUUUGACAACUAGAACUAUACCUCCGAGCGGUACUGUUCCGGGUACUAUUAUUGUCGAAACACCUACAGGAUAUGUAACCGCAACUGAAGGUGGAACAGGUACAAUUUUGACAACCAGAACUAUACCACCAAGUGGCACCAAUCCAGGAACAAUUAUCGUCGAAACACCUACUGGAUAUGUGACUACAUCAGGUGGUGGAACAGGCACGGUUCUCACAACUAGAACCAUACCCCCAAGUGGCACUAAUCCAGGCACAAUUAUCGUGGAAACCCCUACAGGAUAUGUUACCGCAACUGGAGGUGGAACAGGCACAGUUUUGACAACUAGAACUAUACCACCAAGUGGCACCAAUCCAGGAACAAUUAUCGUCGAAACGCCCACUGGAUAUGUAACUACAUCAGGGGGUGGAACAGGCACGGUUCUCACAACUAGAACCAUACCCCCAAGUGGUACCAAUCCAGGUACCAUUAUUGUAGAAACUCCUACCGGAUACGUAACUACAUCGGAGCCUUGGACGGGUACAUUUUGGUCAACGAGGACUAUACCCCCAACGGGUACUAAUCCAGGUACCAUUAUCGUGGAAACCCCUACGGGAUACGUAACCACAUCGGAGUCUUGGACGGGUACAUUUUGGACAACAAAGACCAUACCCCCAAGUGGCACUAAUCCAGGUACUAUUAUCGUGCAAACACCUACAGGAUAUGUCACCACAUCCGCAGGUUGGACUGGCACAAUUCUAACAACUAAGACUAUACCACCAAGCGGUACUAAUCAAGGUACCAUCAUUGUAGAGACACCUACAGGAUAUGUGACCACCUCGGCAGGCGGGACGGGCACAGUUCUGACAACUAGGACAAUAUCUCCGAGUGGUACGAAUCCAGGUACCAUUAUUGUAGAGACACCUACAGGAUACGUAACUACGUCCGGAGGCUGGACUGGCACAAUUUUAACAACGAGAACCAUUCCCCCGAGCGGCACAAUCCCAGGAACACUUAUUGUUGAAACGCCAACAGGAUACGUAUCCACGACGAUUCCAGGAACCGGUACCGUUUUGACAACAAGAACAAUUUCGCCGUCCGGUACCAAUCCGGGCACAAUUAUAGUCGAGACUCCAGGUACGCCUUUGAGUGGAGUUACUACAGUAACAACCUUUGGUCCCAUCCCAGGAACUUCAACUAUUCCACCAUUACUCGGAUGUACAUCAAACUGUAUGACGACAAUAGUAGUGACGGCUACUGCUGGAGGAACAACAGUAAGAACAACAGGCCCUACGGCUGGCACAUCAACCAUCGCACCGCCCCCGGGAUGCACAACGAACUGUUUUACUACGUUUAUUGUUACCGACACUGUUGGAGGUACAACAAUUACCACCACUGGUCCUACUCCAGGAACAUCAACAAUUCCACCACCUCCAGGAUGCACGACGAACUGCCUCACUACAAUCAUUGUAACCGCUGGUGGAGGAACGACAAUCACAACCACUGGCCCAACUGCAGGCACUUCCACAAUCCAGCCACCCCCUGGUUGCACGACGAACUGCUUCACAACAAUUAUUGUAACAGCAACUGUUGGGGGAACAACAGUAAAGACUACUGGUCCCACAGCAGGCACAUCAACUAUCGGACCUCCUCCGGGAUGCACAACCAACUGCUUCACAACGUUAAUCGUCACCGAUACCGUUGGAGGUACAACGAUUACAACUACUGGCCCUACUCCAGGAACAUCAACGAUACCUCCACCUCCAGGAUGCACAACUAACUGUCUCACUACAAUCAUUAUUACAGCGGGCGGAGGAACGACAAUCACGACCACUGGCCCAACAGCAGGCACAUCGACAAUCCAGCCACCUCCUGGAUGCACGACGAACUGUUUUACAACCAUUAUUGUUACAGCUACUAUUGGAGAUACAACAAUAAAGACUACCGGUCCAACAGCAGGCACAUCAACCAUAGGACCUCCUCCAGGAUGCACAACGAACUGCUUUACCACGUUAAUUGUUACCGACACUGUCGGAGGUACAACGAUAACAACUACUGGCCCUACUCCAGGAACAUCAACGAUUCCGCCGCCUCCCGGAUGUACGACGAACUGUGUUACUACAAUCAUUGUCACGGCUGGCGGAGGAACGACAAUCACGACCACUGGCCCAACAGCAGGUACUUCGACAAUCCAGCCACCCCCUGGAUGCACGACGAACUGCUUUACGACCAUUAUUGUUACAGCUACUAUUGGAGUCACGACAAUAAAGACAACUGGUCCAACGGCAGGCACAUCAACUAUUGGGCCUCCUCCAGGGUGCACAACAAACUGCUUUACUACCAUAAUUGUUACCGACACUGUUGGGGGUACAACAAUUACUACGACUGGUCCUACUCCCGGAACAUCAACAAUUCUGCCCCCUCCAGGAUGUACAACGAAUUGUGUUACUACAAUCAUUGUCACGGCUGGUGGCGGGACGACAAUCACUACUACUGGCCCAACUGCAGGCACUUCCACGAUCCAUCCGCCUCCUGGGUGCACGACGAACUGUUUCACAACGAUCAUUGUUACAGCAACUAUUGGAGACACGACAAUAAAGACAACUGGUCCAACAGCAGGUACAUCGACCAUCGGACCUCCUCCGGGAUGCACAACCAACUGUUUCACCACCAUAAUUGUUACGGACACUGUUGGAGGCACAACAAUUACAACAACUGGUCCGACAGCCGGCACAUCGACGAUUCUGCCACCUCCCGGGUGCACGACAAACUGUCUUACCACAAUAAUCGUUACUGCAGGUGGAGGAUCGACAAUCACAACCACUGGCCCAACAGCUGGUACUUCGACAAUCCAACCACCUCCUGGUUGCACAACCAACUGUAUCGUGACAAUAAUUGUUACUGUAACCAACGGAGGAACAACUAUAAAGACCACUGGUCCAACGGCGGGCACCUCAACCAUCCAACCACCUCCCGGCUGCACAACUAACUGCUUUACCACAAUAAUUGUUACCGACACUGUUGGGGGUACAACGAUUACGACUACCGGUCCUACGGCCGGCACGUCUACAAUUCUGCCACCUCCAGGAUGCACAACGAACUGUCUCACUACAAUUAUCGUUACUGCAGGAGGAGGAACGACAAUUACAACGACUGGGCCCACAGCAGGCACUUCGACGAUGCAACCUCCUCCUGGAUGUACGACGAACUGUUUUGUAACAAUAAUCGUUACUGUUACUAAUGGAGGCCCAACAACGAUAAAGACGACUGGUCCAACGGCAGGCACCUCAACUAUCCAGCCACCUCCCGGCUGUACAACAAACUGCUUUACUACUAUAAUUGUUACCGACACUGUUGGAGGUACAACAAUUACAACUACUGGUCCUACCGCUGGGACAUCAACAAUUCUGCCACCGCCAGGAUGUACGACGAACUGUCUCACUACAAUCAUCGUUACAGCAGGAGGAGGCACGACAAUUACUACCACUGGCCCGACAGCUGGUACAUCAACAAUCCAACCUCCUCCUGGAUGUACGACCAAUUGUGUUGUGACAAUAAUUGUUACCAUCACUAACGGAGGAACUACAAUAAAGACUACUGGUCCAACAGCAGGCACCUCGACUAUCCAGCCACCUCCCGGCUGCACAACCAACUGCUUUACCACUAUAAUUGUUACCGACACUGUUGGAGGUACAACGAUCACAACAACUGGUCCAACUGCUGGUACUUCAACGAUUCUCCCACCCCCCGGGUGUACGACAAACUGUCUCACUACAAUCAUUGUCACUGCUGGUGGAGGAACGACAAUUACAACUACUGGCCCAACAGCAGGUACUUUGACUAUGCAACCUCCUCCCGGCUGCACAACCAACUGUGUCGUGACGGUAAUUGUUACUGUCACCAACGGAGGAACAACCAUAAAGACCACUGGUCCAACGGCAGGUACCUCAACUAUCCAGCCACCUCCCGGCUGCACAACCAACUGCUUUACCACUAUUAUUGUCACCGACACUGUGGGAGGAACAACUAUAACAACUACCGGUCCUACCGCUGGGACAUCAACGAUUAUGCCACCACCCGGAUGUACGACUAACUGCAUUAUUACAAUUAUCGUUACGGCAGGUGGAGGAACGACAAUUACAACCACAGGGCCAACGGCUGGUACUUCGACAAUGCAGCCUCCUCCUGGUUGCACGACUAACUGUGUUGUGACAAUUAUUGUUACUGUUACCAACGGAGGAACAACUAUAAGGACAACUGGUCCAACAGCAGGCACCUCGACUAUCCAGCCACCUCCGGGCUGCACUACCAACUGCUUCACCACCAUAAUUGUUACCGACACUGUGGGAGGAACAACUAUAACAACUACCGGCCCAACUGCCGGGACGUCAACAAUUGCGCCACCUCCCGGCUGCACAACCAACUGUUUUACAACAAUUAUCGUCACAGCAGGUCAGGAACGUCUACGAUUCCGCCACCUCUCGGGUGCACCAGCAAUUGCUUCACCACCAUAA